AUGGCGAGGUCAAAGGCACAGAUAUACACGUGUUGUUCUCUGAUACUGCUGUGCAUAGUCGUGCUCAUUGUGUGUGCUGUUGUGCUUGCAAAGAGAAGCUGUCAAGAGGAGACUUUUGCAAGUGCAGCAGUGGCUGCGGACUCGGCGAUGUGUUCAGUGAUUGGACGAGAUAUCCUUCGGAGAGGAGGCUCGGCAGUAGAUGGCGCCAUUGCUGCAUUGCUUUGCACGUCUGUCGUCAACCCGCAGAGCAUGGGCAUUGGAGGGGGAUCCAUAUUCACAGUGAUGGAUAGCAGCGGCAAGGUAAAGAUCAUCAACUCGAGAGAGACCGUCCCCAAGACGUUCAAAGCUGAUCUUCUUAAUGGCUGUCCCAAGACUUCCCAGUUGAUUUCAGGUGGCCAAUGGAUUGGGGUCCCAGGGGAAAUCAGAGGUUAUGAACAUGUGCAUAGACUUUAUGGAAAGUUGCCGUGGGCUAGCCUCUUCCAGCCCACUAUCAAACUGGCCAGAGAGGGUUUCCCAAUACCUGAAGUCCAAGGACGCUUUGUUUCGCUUCUUGAUAGCAAUGACACCCUACCACUACGCAAGUUGUUUUCAGAUAAGAAUGGAAAAAUGUUGAAGACUGGCGAUACUGUGAAGUUUGAGAAACUGGCUGACACACUGGAGCUUGUCGCAAAUCGUGGAGCAGAUGCUUUCUAUACUGGCAAAAUAGCGCAGGAUUUAAUCCGUGACAUACAGGAUGCAGGAGGUACACUCACGAUGGAGGACUUGGCAGCGUAUAACGUUACAGUGACUGAUGCAUGGACCAUUCCUUUGGGAGACUUCCAGAUGCACAUACCUCCACCUCCUGCAGGGGGCGUUAUGCUUGGCCUAAUCCUAAACAUCAUAAAAGGUUUCGCUGCGGAUUCAUCAGCUCUGAAGGGUGAGCAAAAGAUACUCACCUAUCAUCGAUAUGUCGAAGCUUUGAAGUUUGCCAAUGGACUGAAGAAGUACAUCCGUGAUCCACAAUUUAGCUCUGAUGUAAUGGCAAAGAAGUUUACCGAGCAAAGCUUUGCCGAUCACAUCAGGAGCUUAAUCAGCAACAACGAGACCCAUGAUCUUCAGUAUUACAACAUCGCUCCACAUCUGGACAGCAUGGGUACCACACAUGUGUCUGUCAUGGCUGAAGAUGGAGCUGCUGUGUCUGCCACCAGCACCAUCAAUCAUAUAUUUGGCUCUAAGGUUUUCUCUCCGAGCACCGGGGUCAUCCUCAACAAUGAGCUGUCAGACUUCUGUGGAAGAGCAGAUCACAUAGUUGCAGGAGAGCAGCCUCCCUCCUCGAUGUCUCCUGUUGUGAUGCGGUCAAAGUCCAAGACGCUGGUUAUCGGCGGGUCUGGCGGCAGCAUGAUCACGACUGCGAUGGCCUCGGUGCUCAUGAACCACCUUUGGUUGGGAAAAAGUCUCGAGGAGGCCAUUGCUGCACCGAUUGUCUUUGUAGACUCUAAAAAUAUGCUGAAGUUUGAAUCCACGUUCGAUAAGUCUGUGGUAGAGGCUUUGAUGGCCCUGGGACACACACAACAGACCGCAAAGUACUUCUACAACGUGGUAAACGCUGUGGAGAAAGAAGAUGGCUGCAUCCGUGCGGUGUCUGAUGCCAGGAAAUUGGGUGAAGCAGCUGGCUACUGAGAGAAAAUCCCCACCCCCACAGGAGGAGGAAAUGUCAGGGUGACGUGAAGGUUAGCCAAAAGUGCCCCGGUUCGACAGCCUCCAUAACCGAUAAUCGUGUCUUCGACGUGUCCUGUGUGGAAGUGGCUGUGAGAAGACACGCUGAACCCCUGGAUGUGUUCGGCUGUGAUGAAGCUACUCUGGGACUAAAAAGGCAGAAGAUAGAUGCUUAGACUUGUACAUCACCUCUCAACAGACUGGACGGUUGCAAUGACAUGAUCAGGGUUUCAUAACCUCUCUCCCUAUCCUUGUUUCUGUCCUACCUCUUUUUGCCCUUUUGUUCAAGUCAUUUGCGCACACGUUCUAAAUCUUGCAUAUUAUGUUAGAAGGUAAGGACUGCUCAUGAUAAUCACGUAAAAAUAUUAGCUCGUUGAUUUUUUGUUGUUGACAUGUUCAUCUUAAUAUCUGAGAUGUAAAACAGACAGUAGGCUAUUUUUACCUCAUUCAAAUAAUUAAGGUGUGUGUUUGUGUGCGCGUGUGUGUGUUUGUGUGUGCGCGCGCGCGUGUGUCUUACAAAACAUGUAGCAACAAUUAUAAACCUGUUCACAACUGGAGCUAUUCUAUUCUUAAAAGCUAUUUUUAGCAAUGGAUAUUCUGAUACCGUUUGGCAUUAUUAAAUCAAUUUAUAUAUAUGCUUUUAAAUACUUGUAAUAUUCUUCUUUUAUCCAGAUAUUAAAUAUAUUGUUUUUUUUACAUCACUUUAGA